AUGGGGAGCAGUUCUUCAGCCCUCAAAAUUUGCACUGAUCACCGAGGGGGCAUCAACUGGAUCAGCCUGAGUCCAGAUGGGCAGUGGCUAUUAACAGGCAGUGAAGAUGGGACAGCACGACUCUGGAGCACUGCCAACAACCAGUGCCAGACCCACUUUCAAGGCCAUGAAAGCUACAUCACAUUUUGCCACUUAGAAAACGAAGUUGCUUUCACCUGCAGUGCGGAUCACACUAUCAGAAAAUGGGAUGUGAUGACCGGAAGAUGCCUCGCUAUUUAUCGUGGACACACAUCCAUCGUGAAUAGGAUCCUAGUUUCCAAGGAUUACCUCUUCAGUGGAUCCUACGACAGGACUGCACGUUGCUGGAGUGUGGAUAAGGAAAAACCGAUCCAAGAGUUCCGGGGCCAUCGCAACUGUGUCCUGGCCUUGGCACUCUACUCCUCGAAGGAUGUCCUCGAAGAGGAAGAGAUGGAGGAGGAGAUAGAAGAGGUGGAAGAGCUAAGCCAAGACUUUCUGGUGACGGGGAGCACAGACUGCACAGUCAAGGUCUGGUGGGUGUCCACUGGGCGCUGCCACCAGACCCUGCUGGGACACACUGGGGCUGUCUUGUGCCUUAUACUUGAUGCUCCAAACAGGGAGCUCUUUUCGGGAAGCACUGAUUACACCAUUCGGACCUGGAACAUUGUGACAGGGGAACAGUUGAGAGUCUUCAAAGAGCACCAAGGAUCCAUCAUUUGCCUAGAGCUUGUCAAUCGAUGCUUGUAUUCAGGUAGCACGGACAAAACAGUGAAGUGUUGGUUAGCUGACACUGGAGAGAGGAUAAGGACCUACAAGGCUCAUAAACACACUGUCAGUGCUUUGAAAUACCAUGCUGGAAUAUUGUUUACUGGAAGUGGUGAUACUUGUGCUCGGGCUUUUAAUACAAAGACUGGCAUUCUGCAAAGAGUGUUUCGGGGUCAUAAGUUGGUUAUUAACUGCAUCCAGAUUCACAAUGAAUUAUUGUACACAGCUUCCCAUGAUGGCACGCUGAGGAUCUGGGACAUCCGGCAGAUUUGUAAGCGGAGCAAGUGUCGUUUGAAGGAACGGUCUAUCCAGGGUAGACAUUUCCAUAAGGGGAGCCUACCUCGCCUUUUCAACAACAAAGUGGGAUGUGUGCUCCAUCAGGAAAAUGGAGGGCCACGGGAAACGAUGGAACUUGAGUGA